CAGGCCUAGUGUAACCGGUACUAAUAUUUAGUUUAGCCUAUACGUUCACACUAAUUUAUCUGUUAUUUGUUUUGGUAAAAAAUGGCCCAAAAGCAGAAUAAUGAGGCAACCAAUGGGACAACUACUCAAUUGGUUGACGAGCUAGACGCCGGUACUCCAUCGGAGACUGCUCGGACCACUCCCACACUGCAACUGCGCUUGGAGCAUCCGCGCGAAGAACGCCGGGUGGUUUUUCAUGAUGGGGUCAUAGACAACGAGCAUUUGAACCGCAAGAAGUCCAAGUGUUGCUGCAUAUACAAAAAACCACUGGCAUUCGACGAGAGUUCCUCGGAAGACGAUGAGGAUUGCGAACACUGUUUUGGGCACCCUGAGAAGCGAAAGAGGAACGCAAAGCACAGCCACGCAGAGGGGCAACCGGAAGGACCAUCGACAUCCGCGCAGGCUGGCGACCCCACUCCCCCUCCAGCGGAGCCUGUUGAAUCGCCUUCCGAUCAAAAACCACCUACUCAAGAUGUGGACAUAACGCGCACUCCAAUUUAAAUACGCAUAAUUAUAAACGUUAACAAUACGGAACCAA